ACAGCGCCACCAUGCAGAGGUACGCGGGUCGACUUGCCAUGGUGACAGGAGCCAGUUCCGGCAUCGGCGCUGCCAUCGCGAGGGCGCUGCUGCGGCACGGUGUCACCGUGGUGGGCGCAGAUUUGCAGCCGGACAGGAUGGAGGCAUGGGAAUUAAAUGACGCCAAAGGAAAGUUAUAUCCCCGCUACUGUGAUGUCAGCAAUGAAGAAAGCGUUGUAUCUGCGUUCAAGUGGACUCUAGACAACCUGGGAGGUGUCGAUAUUCUCAUCAACAACGCUGGCGUCUUCUUUGAUGCAAGCCUAACUGGUGGAGCCACUAAAGACUGGAGACGUAUGUUGGACGUGAACGUGCUGGGUCUGAGCAUCUGCACCAGGGAGGCCGUGCAGGGCAUGCUCAGCAGGGGCGUCGAAGAUGGCUUCAUCAUCCACAUCUGCAGCCUCGCCGCUUACAUCCCACCACACGACCCCGAAUACGCGAUGUACUUCGGCAGCAAGACGGCUGUCAAGGUGCUGCUUGAUGGACUGAGGAGAGACUUGCUCGCCCGGAACAGCCGCAUACGUGUUGGAGAAGUAUCCCCAGCGCUGGUGAAGACGGAGAUCUUGAAGAACGUGAGUGAAGAUAACCACGCCAUGUGGGAUUCCCCUUGCCUAAAGCCAGAUGACGUGGCACAGGCGGUGCUGUACAUGCUGUCUCAGGAGCCGCACGUGAUGGUGUCUGACGUCAUCAUUCGAGCUACGGGCUCACUCUACUGACAGUGUUCGGUGCACGACCCAGCACGACAAAGAAGUUCAAGACUUCUGCAAGUGUUGCAAAAAAUUCAUUACAAUUUUAAGCCUACAAAAGAUUAAUCCAUAACAGUUUAUUUUAAUGAUCCGUAUUUAAAAAAAUAUUGACCGUAUUACUAGUAUUUCAGAAAAAAAUACAACUCAAAAAAGUCACAGAAGACCAUUUCAUCCUGUAUGUACACUCCUGGAAAUUGAAAUAAGAACACCGUGAAUUCAUUGUCCCAGGAAGGGGAAACUUUAUUGACACAUUCCUGGGGUCAGAUACAUCACAUGAUCACACUGACAGAACCACAGGC